AUGGCGGGCGGGAGCAAAUUUGUAGCUCCUGGCUCAGCAGCAUCUGUUCUCUUCCCCAAGGAUCCAGAGUGGCCCAAGGACCACGUUUUCUUCAUUGAGGAGCUAUCCAAGAAUGGAGUGAAGCCAGAGGAGUUGCUUCUAGUGGACUUACACGGAAAGCCAGGUUGGUGUGUAGUAACGUUGUCCUGCCCAGCUGUGAGAGAUAGGAUCGCGGCAAGUGGAGUCCGGAUCGCCGGUAAGGAUGUGCAUGUUAUUGUUGGAGGCAGCCAAGUCACUGUGGUGUCCUUGUUCGGCUGUCCCUUGCAUUUACACGAUGGAGCGUUAAUCAAUUCUUUGGAGGCACAUGGGAAAGUUUUCGGUCAGCCGACGAGGAAAACAGUAAAGCAUGGAGAUUAUGCUAUCGAAACAGGAACCAGGCAGAUUCGAAUCAGCUUGCAGAAAGGAGUACCGAGUACGCUGAGAGUAGGUAGUGUCACUGUACGUACAUGGUACCCUGGCCAAGUACAGACAUGCUACCUCUGUACACAGACUGGCCACGAGGCAAGGUACUGUCCAACACGCAAGAAUAGCAACCAGGCGUACGCAGGGGCCGAGGGUCAAAGCAGCCAGACCCAGGCAACCCCAAACACGCAUGCAGGAGAGAAAGCACUGUACUCACAGGUCACACAAGGUCAGAGCAAUACGCAAGAACGGCAUGGAAAUACCGUAGCGAACACAAAUGAAAGUGCUGAAGGCGGACAACAGGAAAAAGACGCAUCAACCCCAGGCCGGGGAGAAAUACACCCGACUGAACACAAGGGAAAGCACCCCCUCGACGGGAUCUCAGAAACCUCACAGCAGGAAAACGAUACCUCCAGCACAGAGCAGAAUGAAGAGACAAACCGUACAUAUUCCUCCGCUGUUGAUGAGCGGCAUCACAGGCACCCUGACCCCAACAGCGCGGAACAAGCGACUGGCGAUGAGUCUCUGCCCCAGGAAAGCCGGUCCGUGCAAGAUGAACAACAAUCAUCUGUGGACUCAGCCAAUCCUCCCCAAGGGCUGCAGCAGCAACAGCAGCAGGCCUCCACACCUGUUGCUCCAUCGCUGCCACCACCAUCCCGAGGUAAAGCCGCCCACUCAUCUCCAGAUGAAGAAGGUUUUACCCUAGCAUCGGGAAAGCACACCUUCGCACCCCAUGUCCUGACCCCCACCCAGCUGACCCCCGAGCAGCAGCCAGCAUUCAAUGUCGACAUACAACAGCAAUGGGCAAAGCAGGCCAGCGCGAAAGAGAUGGCCGAUGUUGCCAAACGAGUAGCCGCAAGUCAUCGACGGCACUUGAGUAAGUAAGCAU